UGUGGCCUUGAUUUGUGGUGCAUAAAGGAGGCGUGGAUUGUUGUCGGCUCGGCAUUUUUCAGCAACGCCGAAAUAACGCUCAAAUUUCUGCAAAGAUAUCAGACGGCUCUUUGACCUUAUUUAUUUCGAUUUCAGGGUGUCAAACAAAAAGAUUUUGCCCAUAUUUAUUGCCAGCUAUCAUAUGUACUUUCCGUAAAUUUUGUUCUUAAAGAGACGCUAUUUUGUUAUAUUUUGAGAUCGCUGCGUUUGCAUUCCAAUUUGUUUUCCUCCCUGUUACAAUGGCUUCAGGUCUCGAUUCUUAUGUGAACCACACAGUUUCAAUCAUAACUCAGGAUGGAAGAAAUUUUGUUGGAACCUUGAAGGGUUUUGACCAGACAAUUAAUUUGAUUUUGGACGAAAGCCAUGAGAGGGUGUACAGCGUGAAUGCCGGUGUGGAGGAAGUGCCUCUUGGUUUGCACAUCAUCAGAGGAGACAAUGUGGCCAUAAUCGGUGAAAUUGACGAUGAGGCUGACUCGAAUUUGGACUUGUCAACUGUCAGGGCCGAACCGCUGGGAGCAGUUAUGCACUGAAGUCACUCGGAAGUCUUUUAUUCACUUCACCCUGGCGUCUCGAUUGGCCCAACAUCAUUGUAAAUAACCCACAAAUACAUAAUCCAUUAUGUAAGCAUUUACAGAAUUAAAAGAAAACAACUAAAACAAUCAACGAAAAACAU